CAAGUUGCUGAGGAAUGCGCGUUCAAGUCGAAGCUGUCAAUCAGCGCCGUCGCUCCGCCCCCUCCACCCUCCACGGUUGGGAUAAGGUUUGGCAUGCAGCACGUCCCGGUCUCAUCGUGCAACAGGAGGGACGAGGUGGUGGGAGGGAGGGAGGCGUCCUUGCGUCCAGCAUGUCCCUGAGCCCCCCGAGACACUCCACCCCCUUCUCGGUCACCGACAUCCUGCAGCACAGCCCCAUGGACGACGUUUACCGGAGGUUCGGUGGCAGCGCCGCCGUGCAGGAGCCCAGCCCGACCAGCCUGUACCGGUACCAGCAGCAGCACAACCAUCACCACCAUCAUCAUCAUCAGCAGCAGCAGCAGCAUCACCAUCAUCAUCAACAGCAACAGCACCUGUCCACUUCCUCCGCAUCCUCCGGGGCCUACAGCACCGUCGCCGCCGCCGUGCCGCCCUUCUCGGGGUCGAUCGGGGGGUUCUGCGGAGGCGGCGGGGAGAUGCCGGCCUAUCAGGAGACGCUGAGGGGUGUUGCCCCUACCGCUGCGGCCUGGUACGGCGGCCCCGAAACAAGAUACGCACCAAUUUCCCGGCUGAUGGGCUCCUGCGGCGGGAUGCCGGGCGGCCUCUCGGCCUUGGACGGCGGCGCCAAGGCGGCCUUGUCCGCGGCCCCGCGGAGGAAGCGUCGGGUGCUCUUUUCGCAGGCGCAAGUAUUCGAGCUGGAGCGCCGCUUCAAGCAGCAGAAGUACCUGUCGGCCCCCGAGAGGGAGCACCUGGCCGGCCUCAUCCACCUCAGCCCCAACCAGGUCAAGAUUUGGUUCCAGAACCACCGCUACAAACUCAAACGGCAGCUUAAGGACAAAGCGGCCCAGCUGCAGCACGACGCGGGCGGCCUGUGCGCGUCCGCCCGCCGCCCCUCGCCGGUGCUCGCCAAGCCAGGCCGAGGCGACUCCGAGCCGGCGGCGGCGGGGGCGGCGGAGGCCAAGACGAUCGCCAGCCAGCAGCUGGAGCGAGAUGCUCGGGAGGAGCCGGAGGGCCGGGAGCACCGGGAGAGCAAAGGGGGCCGCUCGCACACGGACACGGCGCUGCUUGACUACGCCGGCGGCGUGCUCGGCUCCUCGGUGGGAUCCACUUUGCUCUACGGCAGAACUUGGUAGGACAGAACCGGACUGAGGACACUGCAAGUUUUCAUUUGAUAUACAGCGCUUCAGAUCACGGGUGGGUGAAUGGAUGGAUUAACAUUUGAUGUAUAUAUAAAAGACAGACUUGGAGCCAAAGUUUGGGCUGCCUUGAAAAACGUGAGAAGAUUCCAGACUCUUGAAUUAUUUCGGCUUUCAAGAUUAAAUGUUCUUUGUAGUUCGUUCCGAUUGUCAAUAAAUAUUUGAAUUUUUAGCUCGCCAUCCAUUCUUUAUUGGACACAACCGAUUCUAAAUGAAAUUACAAAACUCAGUUCUAAAUCAUGAAAACACAUUUUGAGGUUUCGGAUGAAAUUAAAAUUUUCCACAUGACUUAUUCUUUUAUUGGACAAGUUGUAAAAGGUGACAUUGGAGAAUCUCUCAAAGGUAUACAACAUUGACUAUGUUUAAAAGUUCUAAUUAGCUUUUACUUCCAAGCAGAAGAAUUAAGGGGGGGGGGGGACUUGUGACAAGAGGACAAGGAUUUAAAAAAAAAAAA